AGUGCGGAGGGAAAGAGAGUCUGUCCCGGGCCCAGUUUCUGCGCCGCCCCCGCGCUGUCACCGCGGGAUUUUUGCUGGGCUUUUGCUUAGUCGGUUCCCAGCCGCGAUCUGACACAGUUUCCGCCACAAUCACGUGGAUUCCAGUCCAAGCGGGGCCGCGCUUUUUUUUACGAGAAAUGGUUUGUCCGUUGUUAGAAAAGUGAGCGAUGAGCAACUGCGAGCGGAGCAACGGCGAUGGCGCAGGACUCCGACAGCAGCGACUCGGGCUACAGUCAUUACCGGCCGGCGUCCGGCAAACAGGAAAACACUGAGGAAACAAAGAAAGUUCUGAGACGGGAGAAGAAUCGCCUGGCGGCCCAGAAAAGCCGACAGAGGCAGACCCAGAAGGCUGACACCUUGCACCAGGAGAGCGAGCAUUUGGAGAGAGAGAACGUGGCCCUGAGGAAGGAGAUCGCACUGCUGAAUGAGGAGCUCAACUACUUCAGCUCAGUACUGAAGAGCCACGAAAGCCUGUGUCCAGCACUGAACUCGUCGAGUGAGGAGAUGCCCUUUGCCCCACACAGCUUGCCACAAUCCCACUGCAGCACACCAGCGCGUCUCCACCUCUGAGAUGGGUUUGGACUGGCAGCAAAGGGCCUCACUGCACCCUUCUUUGGAACUCAACCUGUCUGUCCUCACUGCCGGAUGGGGCAAGAGUGUGGGGGGACCAACAGAGGAUAGGGAGCAGCCUUCCCUUCAUAGACUAAGUAUCGGCAUAUUGCUGCGGUGUGGAUAGCCACGGGCACUACAAGCAGGGGGUCCCAGCUCUCAGGGCCACAAUACACCUAUUUAUUGCAGACCUUGCAUGGGUAACAUGGGAGGAGUGCUGUGUACUCGUGAACCAUUCUUCAUUCACCUGCAUGGACACAGGGCCAGGUCUACAAAACCUACACUGCAGAUGCUGGAAAUCUGAAACAAAUCACAGAAAUACUGAAAAUACUAAGUAACUCGUUCCUCUUUUACAUCACUCUGAUUGUAAUUUUACACUAUUUUCUGUUUAUAAUUGUUCUGUCUAGAAGUCCCUUCUUUGUCAGCCCAUUAACUCCUGGCUUGGUCUGGGCCAGGUCCCGUUCUUGUUCUGGCGAUGGAUGGAGUGGACGUCAGAUUGCUGCUUUGCCCUAACAUGAUACUGGGCUGCCUGAGAGGUUUUACACCUCACCAGACUUUCACGUUGAUGAGCUGGAGAUGGUGGAAAGACCCUGGGGUGUCAGUAUCUCCUGCUCCAGGGCCAGGGCCUGGGCCUGGGCCUGGGCCACCGGCUGCGGUUCUGCAGCCUGAAAGCUGCCUCUCUAGCCUUGAGCUCUGCUGCCACCUGCUGGAAUGCUCAGAUGACUACAGCAAGGUUUCCCUUCCUCUGACCUGUCCGCCAUUUCUCCAGCUGAUUGAUUCAUUUAUUUAUUGCAUGUACAUUAAAACACAGCGUGAAAUGUGUCGUUUCCAUUGACAACCUACAUGUCCCGAAUGUGUCCACCGUGUCACCAUGCUGCCAGCACCAAGCAGCGUUCCCACAAUGCUUGACAGAACAACACAAACGGCAACAGCAGCAACUAAACAAAAACAUCAGAACAAAGCCUUUUCCAACCACCAACUCAACAAAACGUCAGGCCCCCAACCCCAGUCCUUGGCCUAGACUCACAGACGUGGGGUCUCUGAGCCUCACCACUUCUCACUCACUCACUGCCCCUCGUGGCCUCUCACUCACUCACUGCCCCUCGUGGCCUCUCAUUUGUGUCUCAAUGUGUUGAGAAUUUCUGCUGCUCACACCUUCAGCAGAGAGUUCCUGACACCGCGUGAAACUCCCCUCUACUCGUUCUACAAGUUGCUGAACCUCCAGCAGUCCAGCUAUGUGAACUAAUUCUUCACACCUGUUACACUGCCAUUUCAUCUCCCAGAAGUCUGGAUCACCCGUCCUCAGUGCGAAAACUCACCUGCCACAGUAAGCUCUCUGCCCACGCCUGAGCCCAGCCUGAGUGGUGACUUGUACAGAUUUACGCACACUAUCGGGGCCUGGUUCAGUACCUGCAGGGUGAAGAACAGUCCAUCUGUGCUGGUCCUUGUCUCAGAUUUCCAGUGUGAGCUGUUGGCGUUUUACCUGGUCCGGUGCUUCCCUGGGGAACAAACCGCUUUCUCUACCUCCGCUGCAGCCCUGCGAAUCUGUUCUACACUGGCUCUCUGCGACGCUGUGUCCUGGACAAUACACUGCACCAUGUCAGUCAUACUACACAGCAGUGUUCACCGUGUGGGAAUGGGACACAGGUGCUGGCCUGGCCUGACCUGCUGCCUGGGUUGGCAUAUGUCUGGGAGAAUGUUUGACACCACAAAGCAAUCUGACUGUAGUGGAGUAUGGAGCACUCUGUCCCACAAACAACGUGGCUCAGUGACUGGUCUGCAGUUUAUUUUUGAUAAUAAAAUGUGAUGAUAGAGCUGG